AUGACGAAGAAGAAGAGAAAGGCUCCGCAGCUAGAGGCAUGGUGCUGGUACUGCGACCGCGAUUUUGAGGACGAGAAAGUUCUCCUGCAACAUCAAAAGUCCAAGCACUAUCGCUGUCCACAAUGCCCGCGAAGACUCAACACAGCCGGAGGUCUGGCAGUGCAUCUCACACAAGUGCAUAAAGCAGAGCCGAACAAAAUCGAGAAUACUUUGCCCGGCCGGGAUUCCUUUGAGAUCGAGAUAUAUGGAAUGGCGGGGAUUCCUGAAAAGGAUCUAGCAGAAUGGAAGGCACGACGUGCUGCGCAGAAAGCCGAUGGAAAUGGAGCGAUCCAGAACAAACGUCCAAGGAUCGAAAAGCUGGUGCUAUCCAAGGAGCAGUUGCGAAUUCAGCUGGAAGCACACAAGGCUCUGAUGAGUGGCAAGGCGCCACCGCCUGGUAUGAUGCCGGGAAUGAUGGCCGGCUUUGGUGCGGCGGGUCCAUACUCGGUGCCUCCGCCAGCGCUGUCACCAGCGUUUGGGGUACCCCCGCCCAACUUUGCCAGACCCCCUCCAAGGCAGCCGCCGCCGCCAGGAUACAGUGCUGCACCUCAAGCAUUGGCGACAGGGGGUGUCGCAAGAAGUGGGCCACCGCCGGACGAUCAGACAGCCCCGGAAUCAAGAGGAGACGGGCGAGAAGCUCACAAAGUCAGAGCUGCAGAUCUUUUUUGA